GCAAGAUGGGCCCCAAAAAGAAAUCCGCGACACCGACUCCGGCAUCGGCACUGGAACAGCUACAGAAAUCGCAGUCACUGAAGCUUCUGGAGAUUGCCGAGACAUUGGCUCCAAAGGACCUCCCGCAAACUGGGAAGAAGCGCAACUCUGGGGCAUCUGAGGACAGCGAACAGAAUAGCGACACACAUCCAGCCGCCCUUGAGGCUGAUCUGACACAUUACAAGGAACUCUUCAGCAAACUCCGCUUCAGCUAUGUUGAACAAGUCACCAAGGAAAAGUUCUUGCGCAGCAUCACCGAAAACCCGCCUCGGCUCGUCGACGCCCACGAGAACGAGGAAAAAGAAAAGGAAAUCCUGGGCCUGAAAGCAGAGCUCAAGGAGCGCAAGUUGGAAGUGGCGGACAUUUUGCAGCAGCUGGAGGAAAAGGGAAAGGAGCUCGCGAUGCGCUACGAGGGGGUGCAGCUACGCACACAGCAGCUCGAGUCCCUUCCCACUGAGAUUUCAGGGCUAGAGGCCAGCAUUGAGCAGCUGAAGCACGAGCAGACGCCAGCCUCAGCAAACCCCGAGCUUGCGCUUCCGCUGCCCGAGACCCAGCGGGUGCUCAGUGAACGAGAGGCGGAGCUUGCCGCGCUGAACGUGCAGAUUGCCACGCUGCAGGCUACGAUUCCAAACCGAAGCCGGGAUCUGGAGAAGCUGGAGCGCGAGCUCAGGCCGCUGGAGACGCAAAAGCAAGGGACGGUCGCGGCGGCCAAGGAAGCUCAGAGACGCAAGGAAGAGGGCGGCGGGAUUGGAGACGAACUGGAGGAGAGAGGCAGGUGGCUGCGGGCGUCUGAAAAGGCGCUCAAGGAAAUGCUCGAGGUAGACUGA